UUAGUUUUUGCUGGGCAUUGUCGUAAGUUGGAUUGGUUGGACUUUUUUCGCUGAAUGAAUUCGAUGUUUGGUUAGAAUUAAAUUCAGGUUCAAUUUCCAUAGUGAAGUAACCAAUUCUGCAAUCGUAGUACACUUUUUUGUGAAAGCCGUGGCCCAUCUUCAGAGACAUGUCGCAGAAAGCUGCACAAUUGUCGAAACCGCCAAAAAAUAAUGCUAAACUAUAUUGUCGGUUGUGCUUUUCUUUAAGUGGUUUGAAACCAUUGACUUCAUCAAAUGGCCCCGUCGAAGCAUGUCUAAUACCGAUAAUCCUUAAACAGCUUGGAAUCCAAUUGAUAGCUGAAGAUUUCCCCUGUGCAAUUUGUGCGAUUUGCGAGGAGAAACUGGAAGAAUUGAAAUAUAGCAAUGAUGAUGGACUUUUGGAUGAAUGGGGGGAUGAAGGUCUCCUAGAAUACAGGAGUACCUGCUCAGCAACCAAUCAAGUUAUCCUUAAGCACAAAAGCACCAGGAGACGAGCACCCAAGAAAAGGAAGCCUCCAGUGAAUAAUAGAGUUACGUUGCCUUUCGAACGGCUGCACGAUAAUCGAUACAAAUGUAUUUUGUGCCUAGAUCUGUUUUUCAAUCAUAUAAGUGACUGCAUUAAGCACUAUCAUGAAAUGCAUCCGGAUGCUAAUUUAGCACAAAACAAUGCAGCAGCAAACUUGGCUGCGCAAGAGGCACGAUGCUUGGUGUGUAUAACUUGUUCCGCAAUCUUCGAUCACAUGGAUGAGUUAUUGUUACACAGACAAACUCAUAAACCACCGGAACAAAACGGUUUCAAUACACCGGGAAAUUAUCUCUUCAAAUGUACAAUUUGUCAGGCUGGAUUCCAUGAUAUUGAUAAGCUAAUUGAGCAUCGUGCUGAAAUGCAUGAACCACAACUGAAGCGUAAAAAACCUAAAAAGAACCCAAUUAAGAAAGCCGUGCCAACCAGAACCAAAACUUUAGAUUUAUAUACAGAGUACAAUUGUAGUGUAUGUGAUUUGUGUUUUAAUAAUCCAAAAAGCUACUACUUUCAUCUCAACGUUGCGCAUGGAGGCAAUAUUUGUGAUAUCUGUGGGGAAAAAUUCCAAUCGGCUUCAGCGCUGGCGAAACAUCAGGCUUGGCAUCGAGCUGCCGAUGAGCAGGAUUACAAUACAUCUUCUCCGUUGCCCGGCCAGCAGUAUUCUCCGUUAUGUGCUGUUGCAGAUAACAUCGUAGAGCAAAACAUAGCAAUAACCAGGGACGAGGAGCCAAAUUUCAGUUGCGAAAUGUUUGUUACCUGUAGUGGAUGCUUGUUGGCUUUCCGCACCGAUCUGGAUCUGAACGAACACUACAAAGAUUGCCCCGCUCAGCUAAUGAUGUCAGAUGAGCCUUUCGUUAUAGAAGAUGAUGAAACGAAAAUAGUGGAAAUAAGUGAUGACGAAUAAUAUCAGACAUUCAACAUUUGGCUGCGAUUUGCACAAUAUCUUGUAACAAAUUUAUUUUGUUUCGUAAUAAAAUUUCAAACCGCAAA